GGCGGUGUUCCAUAUUAACAUUGUUCCAUCAGAGACGCCGUACAGUUGCACUUGCUAGCCAGCUGGCUAACGGCACUUGUUAAGGACAUAUUAAACCAACUUCUUCCGAAAAAGUCUUGUCUUUACAUCGCUGCUGUAAGCUCGUGCCAUGUUUUGGAGUUCCAGGAUGACCACAAACCAAUGACCCGAAGAGACUGGCACUUUUAGCAGGUUGGAUUGAAGGUGACACACAGCAGGGACACUCAUGCUUUCCGAUGAGCUGGACUCCAAGCCAGAGCUGCUGGUGCAGUUUGUCCAGAACGCUUCCAUCCCUCUGGUUCAGGGUCUGGAGGACUCUGAGCCCAAACACUCCUGCCUUCCUCUGCUGGCCCCUGUUGAAAGCUCCCUGUGCAGCCAGCUCGAGCUAACAGUAGGUUCUGAAAAAGUUCUGUCAGAACUUGGAGGCGUGUCGUCAGAACGAAGCCCCCUGGUGGUGCAGACGCACAAUGUGCACCCGCGUUCCUCGCCCAGCCCCCCGCCCAUCCUCCAUGACCUGCAGCAGUCGGAUGGCACAUCCUACGUCCUCCUCAACCUGGCUAAAAACAUCACCACCUCCUCCGACUCCCUCAUCUUUGCUGCGGACGGCGCCGGUGACGAGGAAGACGAGGGCGUGUCGUCGGGGGACUACGGUUUGGACGGUAGCGCCCCCUGGUAUCUGCGCGUGCAGGAACUGGCGCACGACAGCCUCAUUGCAGCCACGCGGGCACAGCUGGCUCGGGAUGCCAAGGCCAGUCAGGACGCCAGGGCGGCAAAUGUCGCCAUAAACGGCGACCACACGCACGGCUCACUGUCCGAAGGGGAAAAGCGAGAGGCGCCGCCGCUGCCGCCACCACCACCUCGGACCGGGCGCCCCCUCACCAGGCAGGUCCUCCGCUGCUCAUUUGAAGGCUGCUGUCGGACCUUCACCUGGCCCGCUCACCUCAAGUACCACCUGAAAACACACAGGAACGACCGCAUGUUCCGCUGCGGCGCGGAAGGCUGCGGCAAGAGCUUCUACGUGCUGCAGCGUCUGCAGGUCCACAUGAGGACGCACAAUGGCGAGAAGCCCUUCAUUUGCAAGGAGAAGAACUGCGGCAAGAAGUUCACCACCGCCGGGAACCUGAAGAACCACCGACGCGUACACACCGGAGAGAAGCCUUUCCUUUGCGAAGCAGAUGGUUGCGGGCGAUCCUUUGCAGAGUAUUCCAGUCUCAGAAAACACAUGCUGGUACAUUCUGGCGAGAAGCCCCAUCACUGCGGGAUCUGCGGCAAGACAUUCUCCCAGUCGGGCAGCAGGAACGUUCACAUAAGGAGGCGGCACGGAGAGGAGGGACUCGCCGCCGACAGCGGAGAGACAGGGGAAGCGCUGACACACAGCAGCCUGCUGGAGGCAGAUGGCGACAACGAGGCCGGGAUGGUCGCCCUGACGACCGGCGUGCAACCCAUCAAUCUUCAUCACGCCAUGCUGAGAUCACCAGGCCCUGCAGAUUCCGUCGUGGUCCUCUCUCCGCCACAUGAACUGGUCACCAUGACGACAGAGGGCGCCACCUAUGGGGAUGUGGUGGCGCUGCUGUAGCGUGUCAGAGGGCAAAGUGUAAAUAGCUUCUUCAUGAGUGACUUUGUAAGAAGUCUUGUACAUAUCAGCCCCGAGGAGCUGCCAACCAAUGCUUCUAUUUCUGACGGCUGUGGAACGGCGUUUGUACAAAAUCAAGAAGAAAAUACUCCCAAAGAAGUACUGAGACGGGUUUAAAAAAAAUGUCUGAGCAAAAAUGUGUGAGCAUUUGUUACCAGUGGAGACAUCAUGAGAAGGGAGGAGGGAACCUAUGGCUCGGGAGCCACAUGAGGCUUUUUUGAUGAUUCCAUCUAUCUCAUAUUUCUUAACACCAUAACAUUUAUUUAUUCAACUUUUUUUUUGCUGACAUUUCAAACAAAGUAAAACAUAAAAAAUCCCCGUGUUGGAAAAUAAUAAACUAUAAUAUGCAUUUUAAUUCAUCCAUUUUCUAGUUGAAUGCGGUGGCAUCAGUAAGAAGUAUUUUAUUAUUGGUUAGCUUCAGAAUAACAUUACAAAGAAUACAUUCAGAGACUUCUAAUAUUCUAAAAUUGUUGGUCUUGCUUAAAAAACACAUUUGGUUGUAUUUGCUGUUUGUGGCUUUCAUGGCUCUCUUAGCCAGAAAGGUUCCCCACCCCCCUGCACUUAAGCCUAUUCAUCAAGUGUGUGUGUGUAAAAUACAUCCCUGUAAGUGGAAAAAAUGUGAUGAAUGGAACAAAAGCCACACUCACUUUGCAAGAAGUUGAGGUGGUCCAACAUGGCCCCCAGGGCCCAACUUGCCUCCACGUUGUUCACUUUCUUGGCCAACUGCAAAGCGUCACAAUAACCAAAUAACUCAAAAUGCCUUUUUGUAUUUAUUGAACUCAAAUUACAAAAACAAGAAAGUG